AUGAAAGCUGUCAGUGCUGAUGGAUCAGUAACUUCUGUUGAGAUUCUCACAAAAAGUAGCAAGUUGAUGACAGCUCAUCAGUGUAGUCCCAACACGGCCGACAUUUGAGUCUGAACGAACCCACGUCCGCCUCCUCCUGACUCACCAGGUUGUCAGUAUGGCCUCCUGGAUUGUUCAAAUGACUGUGAUGGUGCUAUCUGUCUUCAGCAGCAGCAGCCAGGGGAAGAGGGAUAAGGUGCUCUACUGUUCUGCAUGCAAGGCGAUUGUGGAUGAACUGAACUACUCAAUCAGUCAGGUGGACCCAAAGAAAACCAUCAACGUCGGCAGCUUUAGACUCAACCCAGAUGGAACCAUGACAGACAAAAAGGUACCGCUUGCUCGCUCGGAGGCUCAUCUCAGCGAGCUCCUGGAUGAGGUGUGCAACAGCAUGAGCGACUACGCCCUCCACGUGGAUCCCGACACCCAGGUCAAACAGUACAUGAGGUUUGCUCCCAGGACCAGUGGGGCCACCGGAGACUUCCCUGACUUCAAAAACUUCCAGUUCGAUGGACCCGAGGCAUCCAAUGCCCUGAAAUUCGCAUGUGAAACUGUAGUGGAGGAGCUGGAGGAUGAUAUCAUCUCCGUGUUCAGCCAGGACUUGCAGCAUGUGCACAAGGAGUUAUGCAACCGAAUCUCAGACUACUGUAAAGACAGCAGUCACACAAACGAGGAGUUAUAGUGUUGUUUUAUAUUUUCCAUGGAUGAAGUGGGACCAGCGCUGGGGCAGAGAUUACAAAAAGGGCCUUUAAUAAAAUCAGUUUUUGACAAUCUUGAAAUAAAUAAAAGAAGAAGUCUUGAGAAACCAUUUUGUGCACAUUAGUUUUUGUGGGCU